GCUGCCUGGAAGUGCACUACAGUCAGGCAUUUUCCAGCUUUGGCUAAGAAAUCCUCAAACUGCUGAUUUGUUGUCGCCUCCACGAGAUUCGCCAUUUUUCCUUCCUAUUUGCUGCGCUUCCGGUGUCGGCCCAACGUCACAUCCGUGCAGCCUGGUAGCUUCUGGCAAGUACCAGAGCUUGUACUCGGAAGUCAUUUGCAUGUUAUUUGGUGAUAAGAAACAGCUGCAUACACUGGAUAAGUUGAAAGGAUAGUGUGUCUUAAAAGGAACACCAUGGAGGAACAAACUGCAGACAUAGAGGUGACAGUCAAAACACUCGACUCCCAAAGCAGAACCUACACUGUUGGUGCUCAGUUGACAGUGAAAGAGUUUAAGGAGCACAUUGCCCCCUCAGUGGGUAUCCCUGUGGACAAACAGAGGCUGAUCUACCAGGGCAGAGUCUUACAGGAGAUACUGACUUUGGCAGACUACAAUGUGGAUGGCAAGGUGAUACAUCUGGUGGAGCGUGCGCCCCCUCCACCCUCCCAGCCUGGCUCAGGGUCCGGAGGCACUUCAGCCGACAGCGGACCCUCCUCUUCCUCCCAAGGAUCGUCACAAGGGCCUCCACAUGAUCGCAAUGCUAACAGCUACGUGAUGCUAGGCACCUUCAACCUUCCUGUGAACAUCAUGGACCCCCAGCAGAUACAGAUGUCUGUUCAGCAGAUGGUGUCUGGUAUGGGAGAGAAUGCCAGGAACGCCAGAGUCACAACCAGCACUGGGAGCAAUGGGUCCGUGAAUGUGCACAUUGAUAUGGACCAACCUGUGCAGAGUGAGCCUCGGCUGAGGCUGGUGCUGGCCGAGAACCUGCUGAGGGACAUCAAUGAUGUCAUCCAAAGGAUGGAGAGUCGCCCGAGCGACUCGUCCACUCAAACAGAGACGGCUGCUGCUGCGGCUGCUGCUGCUGCUGCUGUGGCUGCUGCUGCGGCGCCUCCUCCUCCAUCAUCCUCAUCCACCACCUCUACUCCCUCCCCAUCUGCCCAGCCCAUGGACACCUCCCCACCUCCAACAACUCCCCCACCUCCACCCACCACUUCAGCACCAUCUGAGGGACCAGCCCCCCAACCUGGACCACAUCACCCCAGCCCAGCUGAGUUGGCGGAGAUGUUGUCUGAGCUGCGCAGGGUGGAGGAGAGACUGCAGCCUUUCAUUCAGAGAGCUCACACCAUCCUGGAGACGGCCACCAACGCUGAAUACAACAACAAUACAGAAAGAGAGGAGGACCAGCGCACUCUCAUCAUGACGUGGGAGUGUCUCCGUCUCCUUGGUAACGCCCUUGUGGCUCUCAGUGACCUGCGAUUGAACCUCAUGAACCCUGUGCCCCGCCACCUGCAUGUGGUCCGGCCAUUUUCCCACUAUGCCACCCCAGUCAAUAUGCCUGGAGCCGUGCACCACCACAUCCCUGUGCAAAUGAACCUGGGUGCCACAGUGACUGCUGCGAGUAACAGCACUGACGGACAGGCACCGCCCACCCAGCCUGGCAGCCAAUCGGAGCAGGCUGGUCCUGGACAAACCCCUCCCUCUCAGUCUUCCCCGUCCAAUCAACAGGCUGGACCGGGACAGGCUGGCCCCCGUGUCAUCAGGAUCAGCCACCAGGCUGUCCCGGUGGUCAUGAUGCAGAUGAACACGGAUGGCCAAGGAGCAAACCCUGCUGCAGCCGGACAGCAAAUCCCGGGACAACCAGGUGCCCUCCCCCCUGACUUCAUGCGGAAUCUGAUGCAACAGAUAAGCCAAUAUGCCGCCGCCGUAGCUACCAGCGCUGCCACUGCUGCUGCUGCCGGACACCCAGUCCCCCCCCAGCCCACUCCCCCCGGAUUCAACUCCACAGCCAACUCCUCAACUACCACCACGGGUCCCAACACACCCACCACCACGCCUACUGCUCCCCCGCCACCCCCACAUGGUGGCCCCCAGCCCCAGGCCAGGGUUGUGUUCACCCGUCCCCCCUUUGCACCCAACAUGCCCCCCCCAGCCUUUGGCGCUCGAGGAACCACCAUCAAUGUGAGGGCUGCCAUACCGGGCCAGCAGCCAGGACAGGCUUUCAACCCAGCUGCUCUCAACCAGAUGAUUAGUGGACUGGUCGGACAGCUUUUGCUGCCAGGGCAAAUGGCCGGUCAAACAGUCACUUCCUCCUCCUCCACAUCCACAUCCUCCUCAUCCUCCUUUUCUUCCUCCUCUCAAACCUCCUCAGCCUCCUCCUCCUUUUCUUUCUCCAACUCGGGUCCAACUCCUCCCACUGCAAACCCUUCAAGUCAGCCGGGCCAAUCUGAGACCACCGCCGGUGACCCGCAGUCCCAGGAGAUGCCCCCCGACCUCAGCCAGCUCCUGGGCUCUCUGCUGGGGGGGUCCGGGGUGGGCCCUGGAGGAGCCCCUUCCAUCACUGUCACCACGUCUGGUGUGCCUGCCUUCAUCCAGGGAGUGAGUGAGUUCAUGCAGCAGGCCCAGCCCGUCUUUGUUCCUCCCCCUCCUCCCUCUGGCACCGCCCCUGCUCCUGCCGCCGGGCCCACUCCCACUCCCAACCCUGCCGCAGCGGGAGCUGAGGCCCUGAACCCCGAGCUGUUCACGGGCAUCGUGCGCGGCGUCCUGAGCACCAUGAUGGGCUCUCUGGGCCAGGGUCAGAACGACACGGAGAGCAUCGCCCAGUUCAUGCAGAGGCUGUCCCAGGCCACCAACAUCUUCAUCAGUCCGGAGGAUCCCACCGGAUUCUUCGGCGAGCUGCUGAUGUUGGUGUGCCAGACGUUCACCAUGUCAGACCUGGUGAUGCUGCUCCACGGUCAGCACCAGCCUCUCGGACGCAUCCAGCCUCAGCUGUCCCAGUUCUUCACGCAGAACUACCUCAACGGCAGGGAGCCCACCGAUGAGAACAUUGCUGCUGCGGCUGACACUCUUGUCAACGAACUGGAGGAGUAUAUCAGUGAGAGCUUUAGAGAGUCUUCAGUCACAGUGUUGGAAGGCGUCGAUGCUACUCAGACCAACAUGUCCUUCUUCAGGCAGCAGCUGAUGCUCAUUGCCACACACAUCCUGCGCUGCACAUAUGAUUCAUUCGGGCCCCGGCUGCUCCAGAUGUGUAACCAGGCGCUGUUUGAGUGUCUGGCCCUCAACCUGCACUGCCUGAGAGGAGACCAGAGAGCCCUCACCGCAGUCAUCAACCACCGAAUCCGGAGGAUGUCCAGUGACAUCAGCCCCAGCCUGGUCAACUGGAUGACCAGCAUGAUGACGAUGAGGCUGCAGGUGAUUCUGGAGCACAUCCCCAUCACCCAGGACCAGAUCCAGAACUACAUAGUUCACACACAGAGAGAUACGUCUUCUGCCACUGGCCCACAAGUGCCUGAACGAGCACAAAGUGCAACGAUCGCGGACACCCUCUCUCCAGCUGCAGCCACCACAGCAGAGGAGGCCAUGAACGUGUCACACGACACAAGGGCGUCGUCAAGGGAACCAAGGGUGUUGCCUGGAGACCUGGGGGCCUCAGGAGGAGCAGCACCAUUAGGUGGCGACAUGGCAGCGGCAGGAGCUGAGGGGGGCAGCGAGGAGUCUGCUCGAGAGUCUGAGGCCUGGGCCGCCUCCGUUCCACCUGAAUGGGUGCCCAUCAUCAGGUGUGACAUGAUGACCCAGAGGAAGAUGAAGGCUCAGCCCCCACUGUCUGACGCUUAUGUGCACGGCAUGCCAGCUAAACGCAGGAAGCUGUCUCUGUGUUUUCAGACCGGACUGAGUGGGGGAAGCCUCCUCUCCCUCUCUGACGCCGUGAGCCAAGCAGCCAGGACCGCAGGAGUGAAGCCCAUCACUUCUGCUGAGGACUUACAGGAGGACCUGGACACCCAGGAGCUCAGAGAAGCGUAUGCAGAGCAGGUUAAAGCAGACAUCAAGAAACGAGUGAGGGAAGACCCAGAUUUCAACCCUCAGCAUUCCCCUAACGCACACAGAGCGUUCUUAUCAGACUCGUAGUCAGGUCCAAAUGCUAUGAAACCCGCAAGCCGCUUUCCUUUUUAUUAUUUUCUCAGAUUCUUCAUUCGACUUCUUCUCACUGCAGCUUCGCCCCCUAAAACUGUCGGUAUGGCUUUUUAAGCAGUUAGCCGCUCUCUUGACUAAUUGCCUCAUGCUAAUGUGACUCCUUCUCCCAGUGCCUAUUUAUUUCUUCUUGUUUAUUUUGGUCCAACUUCUGCUGAGAGAACGUUCCUUGUGAAAAGGUUUCAGAUUUUAACUUUGACUAAAUCACAUCACUUUACUUCUGUCUUCUUCUACUUCUGUCUGUAUGUCCUCUUUGCCCACAUAUCCUUGUGUUGCUUUGUUUAUAUGGAGCCUGGACUCUAAUUGUUUAGUGGACUUUAGCCUUCCUGUCAAUACUCUCAAACGCAAGGGUAUACUUUCAUGUAAUGGACAAGCUGUUUGCUACAUGAAUGUACAGUAAGCUUAAUAAAAAUCUUGAUACAACACAA